AUGCCCGCCGCCUCGCCCGCCCCGCGCCCGCCGCCGCCCCCCGCACGACCCGCCCCCAGCUGCCCUGCUCAGCCCGCCCCGGGACAUCGAGGUCUCUGUGAACAUUCUCUAAAAUGUUUAAGCUCGAAAAUCACGGAGCGGAAGCUGCAGGGCACGUGGCUGCCUGCUGGCCCAGGGAGCCUGGAGAAACCAUUCCUGGGGCCUCGAGGCUCCUUGGUGCCCAUGUUCAGCCCCCAGGGUAGCCUUCACCCUGUCCACGCUGACAGCAGCCUGCUGAAGCCCAGGGUCGUGACCGUGGUCAAGCUGGGUGGGCAACCCCUCCGCAAGAUCACGCUGCUCCUCAAUAGACGGUCGGUGCAGACCUUCGAGCAGCUCUUGGCCGACGUCUCAGAGGCCCUGGGCUUUCCCAGAUGGAAGAGUGACCGUGUGAGGAAGCUGUUCAACCUCAAGGGCAGGGAAAUCAGGAGUGUGUCCGAUUUCUUCAGGGAAGGGGAUGCUUUCAUAGCCGUGGGCAAAGAGCCACUGACGCUGAAGAACAUCCAGGUGGCUAUAGAGGAACUGUACCCCAGCAAAGCCCGGGCCCUGACCUUGACCCAGCACAGCCGGGUCCCCUCUCCAAGGCUGAGAAGCAGGCUUUAUAGCAAGGCUCUGAAAGGGGGUCACCACUGUGGGGAGACCGAGACCACCAAGAGCUGCGGUGAGGCUGCCAGGUCCCAGGCUGCCAUCAGACAUCAGGGGAGGACCCCCGUGGAGGACAGGGUGAGGGGGAAGUGGGAGCCUGAACCCAGCAGCAAGGUGCCCAGGGAUGCCACCCUGGAGAGGCAUGCUAGCGGAGAGAAGCACCUGGGGGUGGAGAUUGAAAAGACGUCGGGGGAAAUAAUCAGGUGUGAGAAGUGUAAGCGGGAAAGAGAGCUCCAGCAGAGCCUGCAGAGGGAGCGGCUCUCUCUGGGCACCAGCGAGCUGGACCUGGGCAGGUGCCCCAGCUAUGACGUAGAGAGGCUGGUGAGGGCCAGGAGCUGCAGGAGGUCCCCUGAGGAGAAGCCCCAGGGUGGGGAGGAAGGUUGGAAGGAGGGCACCCGGAGCAGUCCCGGGCACCCGCCUCAGGAGCCGAGGAGACCCAGCAAAAGCACUGACAAGAAAGAGGACCAAGACCCAGGAGGCCAGGAAGGUCAUGGCCCAGCAGCAGCCAAGGCCAAGAGGGACGUUGUCGGGGAAGCCCAGCCCAUAAGAGAGGAGAAAGACAGCAGGACCGUAGGCAGGAGCAAGCAGGGAGGCUGGCUGCGGAGGGAGCAUCCUGCCGACCUCGACACAGAGAAGCUCCCCAGGACCAGAGGGGAUGCGCAGGAGGCAGAAAAGGAGAAAAAGCCGGGUGCGUCUGGAGGGAGGAGGAUGGUUUCCCGAGAUAAGCCGCCGGCCAGGGUAGAAAAGGAGCCCAAGACGAGGCCGGAGGAAAGCAAGGCGGAGCGGCCGGGCGGCAGGAGGCGGCGGCCCGCGGGCAUCCUGGCGGCAGAUGUGCGCAAGCAGUACGAGCCGGGCCGCGUGAUCGGGGACGGGAACUUUGCGGUGGUGAAGGAGUGCAGGCACCGCGGCACCCAGCAGGCCUACGCCAUGAAGAUCAUAGACAAGUCCAAGCUCAAGGGGAAGGAGGACAUGGUCGACAGCGAGAUCCUGAUCAUCCAGAGCCUCUCUCACCCCAACAUCGUGAAACUGCAUCAAGUGUAUGAAACGGACGCGGAGAUCUACCUGAUCAUGGAGUACGUGCAGGGAGGGGACCUUUUCGAUGCCAUUAUAGAAAGUGUGAAGUUCCCGGAGCGCGACGCUGCCCUCAUGCUUAUGGACUUGUGCAAGGCGCUCGUGCACAUGCACGACAAGAGCAUCGUCCACCGGGACCUCAAGCCGGAAAACCUGCUGGUUCAGCGAAAUGAGGACAAAUCUACCACCUUGAAACUGGCUGAUUUUGGUCUUGCAAAGCAUGUGGUGAGACCUAUAUUUACUGUGUGUGGGACUCCGACUUAUGUAGCUCCUGAAAUUCUUUCUGAGAAAGGUUAUGGGCUGGAGGUGGACAUGUGGGCCGCAGGCGUUAUCCUCUACAUCCUCCUGUGCGGCUUCCCCCCAUUCCGCAGCCCAGAGAGGGACCAGGAUGAGCUCUUUAACAUCAUCCAGCUGGGCCACUUCGAGUUCCUGGCUCCUUACUGGGACAACAUCUCUGACGCUGCCAAAGAUCUGGUGAGCCGGUUGCUGGUGGUAGACCCCAAAAAGCGCUACACGGCCCACCAGGUCCUUCAGCAUCCCUGGAUUGAAACUGCUGGAAAGACCAGAAGGGCAAAGCUACAAAAGGAGGGGCCCCCCAGCAGCGAGAACCACUUCCGGAGCCAGCACUCGAGGGCUGCAGAGCAGGCGUCAUAGUCACAGCCUCAGCAUUCGCUCAGCCCUCGGUUCUGCUCGGGGACAGAGAAAAGGAUAGAUGUCAAGGAGAAAACUAGUGAAAAAGCCUUCCUCCCAUAAUUGGAGAAUCAGGGGAAGGAGAGAAGACAGUAUAUUUUAAAGCUUAUUUAACAAAAUAAACUUGAGUCAAUGUUAAAUGUUGUAACAUAUUUUUAGAUUUGAAGCCUUUAAUACAUUUUUUGGGGGGUGAGGGGGAGACUUGUUCUCAGUGAAGAAUUUUUGGUAAUAAUGAUGUGUUUUGCUUCCUCCUCGUAAUCAAGUUCAUAGUAAACUACAUGAGUGGUGCUUACCAGGGUCUAAACUCCCCCUGUGAGAUUAAUAAGCUGAAUCGUGGUCCUUCUGUGUUAAUAAAAUGUG